GUAGUCCAGAAGAGCCGGUCGGGGAGGGAGGAAGGAGGCAAGAUGGUGUUGGAAAGCACUAUGGUGUGUGUUGAUAACAGCGAGUACAUGCGGAAUGGGGAUUUCCUGCCCACACGGCUACAGGCCCAGCAGGAUGCAGUCAACAUAGUAUGUCACUCCAAGACACGCAGCAACCCUGAGAACAACGUGGGACUCAUCACAUUGGCCAAUGACUGUGAGGUACUUACUACACUAACCCCUGACACUGGCCGGAUUUUGUCCAAGCUCCACACAGUUCAACCAAAGGGCAAGAUCACCUUCUGUACUGGCAUUCGCGUUGCCCAUUUGGCUCUGAAACACAGACAGGGCAAGAAUCACAAAAUGAGGAUCAUCGCCUUUGUGGGCAGCCCAGUAGAAGACAACGAGAAGGACCUGGUGAAGCUAGCAAAGCGGCUAAAGAAAGAAAAAGUGAAUGUUGACAUUAUCAACUUUGGGGAGGAGGAGGCAAACACAGACAAACUGACAGCCUUCGUGAACACUCUAAAUGGCAAGGAUGGGACUGGUUCUCAUCUGGUGACGGUGCCUCCUGGGCCCAGCCUGGCUGAUGCCCUCAUCAGUUCUCCUAUCCUGGCUGGGGAAGGUGGUGCCAUGUUGGGGCUAGGUGCCAGCGACUUCGAGUUUGGGGUGGAUCCUAGUGCUGAUCCUGAACUGGCCCUGGCCCUUCGUGUAUCCAUGGAAGAACAGCGACAGCGGCAAGAGGAAGAGGCAAGACGGGCAGCAGCAGCCUCUGCUGCUGAGGCUGGGAUUGCCCCAUCUGGGACUGAAGAUUCAGAUGAUGCCCUAUUGAAGAUGACCAUCAGUCAGCAAGAGUUUGGUCGAAGUGGGCUUCCUGACUUAAGCAGCAUGACUGAAGAAGAACAGAUUGCAUAUGCCAUGCAGAUGUCCUUGCAGGGUGCUGAGUUUGGACAGGCAGAGUCAGGUGACAUUGAUGCCAGCUCAGCCAUGGAUACCUCUGAGCCUGCUAAGGAGGAAGACGACUAUGAUGUGAUGCAGGACCCCGAGUUCCUCCAGAGCGUCCUGGAGAACCUUCCAGGCGUGGACCCCAACAAUGAGGCCAUCCGGAAUGCCAUGGGCUCCCUAGCCUCACAGGCUGCUAAGGAUGGCAAAAAGGAGAAGAAAGAGGAAGACAAGAAGUGA